AUGGCGAUUCGCCGUGAUGUUUUUUAUCCUCCUGGCGGUGUGCCCUUCAAGACUGGGCGCGCUGCGGCUAGGAGGGGCGCUUCGAGCGACGAGCGAACCACUCCGCCGGGGUAUUACUUCCGGGCUGCAACUGGGGAGGGCGUUACCCCGCUCCCUCAUCCUAAUGCCCCCUCCCUCCCGUCUUGUCCCCCUUGCCUCUAUCCCAGUCCGCCGGGGUAUUACUUCCGGGCAGCACCUGGGGAGGGCGUCACCUCGUGGCAUAUCCACUUUCCGGGCGGCGGGUGGUGCGCCACCAAGAGCCAGUGCAGCUGGCGGACCGGGCGGCUGCUGGGCGGCACCACCAGGUGGCCGCCGACCAAUAACGCCUCGUGGGCGCAGGGCCGGUUUGGGGGCAUUCUGAGCAGCAACGAGGGGGCAAACCCGUUCUUUGCGGGGUGGCACCUGGCCAUGGCUGUCUACUGCGAUGGGGGCGGCUAUGCGGGAGCAGCCGGGCGCGUGGCCGUGGGGAAGAGGCGCUUUGUGCACAUGGACGGCAGCAGGAUUGCCAGCGCUAUCCUGCAUGACCUGCUAGAAAACCAGGCGCUGAGCAGGGCAACCGAGGUGCUGGUGUCGGGGACGUCAGCGGGGGGGCUGGCAGUGAUGCGCCUGUGUGACUCCCUCGCUGCUCUGCUGCCCCGCGCCACCGUCAAAUGCCUCCUCGAUGGCUCCUUCUUCCCCGGUAUGCAUCCCGCUGCUCUCUUGCCCUCUCACGAUCACCUUCCUCCCUGCUUCCCGCAUUUUCUCCAACCAUCCUCCAUUCACACCUCCCGGGCCCCAGUCUCUCCUUCUUUCUCCUACCCCUGA